CUUGCUCGCAAUAAGUGGAAUGGCGCAUGGCGUGGAAAAAGUUUAGGGGGAACCAUUUAAGCCUAAAAAGUGUGCACCAGAAGAAUGAGGCAAUUCACAUGGCAGGUGUUGCUUUUGGCGGGUGCCACCACGCCUCCAUUCUGCCACUGACUACAGAGAUGCACACAUCCUAGAAAGUGCCUUGGGCUCGGGAGGCCUGAACCUCUUUGCCAGAUGCCACCAUCUCACUCCUACGACGACGAACAAUCGUCCUCGCAUCGACCCGUCCAUUCUUAGCCCGCCAUCUUGUACCGAACCAGACACCACAAAGACUGCUCGCCAUGCAUCUGUCGUUGGCCGCAGCGCGCGUAACCAUAGGGAACCUUGUCCCUCCGUCCAACACCGGGAUCCAGUAUGCAUUCAGCUACUACGUCGGCGAGCGAUGCACUAGCGAAUACAUCGGGCAGGAGAACGUCACCUCGCACCGCCUCCAGCGCAUGUGCUACCCGAUCGAGGGUGCUGCUUCGUCAGCGUCGUCCGUCCUGAUCGAGGUCAAGAGCACGGCGCGCACGAGGUACACGUUCGAGACGUACGAGCGCAACUGCGGCGGAUGGGUCUGGGGGAGUCUUGGAUCCCGUGUGUUGGUGUCGCCAAACGAGCAGUACUGCAUGCUCCUGAACGGCACCAAUUCGAUACUGGUCUAUUCGGAUCUGCGCCGUGCCUGAUGUGCGUGACGAAUAAGGCGCCAAGGGAAGGAGGAUGUG